CAGACAGACUGUUUUUGACAGAAGAAUUGAUUUUUCCAAAUCCUAGCACAACUUGUGUUUAUUUGGUGUUUUUUAGAUCUUCAGUCUAAUAAGAACUUGUCUACGAAAAUGAGCAAAGGAAAGAUCCCAUUACGCGACAUAUCUCCUGCCUUGCAAGCCCUAAGGAAUUUCCUAUUAGGCAGGAAACACAACAAUGCCCUGCGUUUUGCGCCGUUAUUAGCGGCUAGGACGCAACCUCCCCCGGAAAUUCCUGAUGGAGUCUCGCACAAACACGCUCACAACUACUAUUACACUCGAGAUGCUCGUCGUGAAGUUGCUCCCCCAUCUGAUGUCACCACGUUGCUACUUGAAGCCAGUUCCGACAAAGGGGCUCCCAAACAAGCAGCUAAUGUAAGGCCAACCCCAGGACCACUGUACGCCUGGGACAAACACUAUGAAUAAAUGGGCAACAAAUAUGGGAAGAUGCUAGCAAACUUAUGUUUUUAAUAACUUAAUAUAGACCUAUCACACCGUGA